CACGAGCAGACGCGUUCAACGACUUCAACACGACGUCAUGGCGCGGAUCCGCGCGGGCGACAAUGGUGCAAAGAAGCGAGGAGACAAGCCACCUAGGAGCCGCAACAGCGGUGCGUCCGCAAGCCAAGUCGCAAAGCCUGUAGCAACUGCGAAGAACAGCAAGAAGAGCAAGAGAGUGGAGAGGUCGCAAGAUGACGAUGAGGAGGAUGAGCUCUUUGUAGCGGAACAGACGCAGUCGCAAUCUUCUCAAACACGGAAACGCAAAGCCCAUGCUGGAGCAGACGAAAUCGCCGAAGAGCCUGCGAAGGCGCAGAAGAAAUACGUGCAGUUGGAAUCGAAGACAAAGAGGAUACCACAGGACAUAAUCGAAACAUGGCCACACCUGCCCCAGCAAGUCUUGGACCAUAUAAGUGCUGUCAUCAAAGACGCAAAGAAAGACAUCGCGAACACACAACGAGAUGAACGCAAAGUCAUGGCAGCACACAACACAUUGAACCCACUCGUGAAGAGGCUUAUGCGCCAUCUUUCGGCCUCAAAGAUACCACCUCAGGCUCGAGACAUUCACUUCAACAUCGACAAGCUCAUAGAGCGCAACGGACAGGUCUUUCGAGACGUAACCGCCGCCCGCCAUUCAAAGCAACUGCUCAGCGAACAGGUCAAGGUGACACAGAGUCUUCUGACAAGGGACGAUGAGCAUUUGGAUGAGCUCAAGAAAGAUGCGAAGAAGUGGAAAGCAGAGUGGAAGCAUCAGCAAAGACAUGGGCGGAUCCACCCCCUUCUACGAGACAACGAAGACAUGAGUACUGAUGGUGACGGUCCGGACGACAUUCGCCUGAGACGAGGAGCUGCUAUAGAUACCUCUGCGCUCGAUGCGCCCGACGCUGAGCUUGCGCCAAUCCUUGAACAACUCCAACGCAGUCUCGAGAACAUGCAGGGAAAUCAUGCGCAGGUAAAGGGCAUUGAUGGGGCGAUAGCAGAUGCGCAGACAGCACUAGACGACGUGCUUUUUAGACAUGCCAAUGCACAACAGUACGCUGCGCUGUGAGCUAUUGGCAUGCAGGUCCAGUCUACAUUGGGGCGUCUCAGGAGUUCUGAUAGGUGUAUAUGGAUAUCUGCAGUGGCCAUAUGCGUGCAGCAAUGCGGUGAGCAUGGGACAAGGCCUGUUUACUGGAAUGUAUCAAGGCGUUUUGUGGGAUUGGCGCAUCUGUCCAAUACAUGGGAACGAGCUCUGUACGACAGGGACGGUCCGCGGCCACCAUGUGGCUCCAUACGCAACAAGGCCACAUCGUAAUGCAGAGGGGCGAAGUUGGCACAUUGCUAUUCAUGUGCCACUUAUAGCAAUAACAAUACCGGUGUGAUGGUCAUCGGAAGGGGUGCAUGCAGAUGGACUGCAGGUGUAGACAUCGUCAGCUGUAGUGCACUAUUGAUACACGUGAUGGGACCCACACC